AUGCAUGUUCUGGGAGAUGGUAAUGAACAUCUUUUUUUGUAUUUCUUUUCAAAUGACAGCUCUGCUUCCUGUGGCUUGUCAUUGCAUUUCACUUGGGCCGGCUGCAGACUAAUCUUGCCAGGCUUCAGGCUGCUUCUGCUCCGUCCUACUCCUGAACAGGAAGCUGCUGCGAGUGUCUUUGGAGAUGUGCUUACAGACAAAUUUAAUCCGAAAAGCUGCUUCGACAUUCUGUUCCUGCACCGUCUUUGCUUUCCCUUCCAUCUUUGCAGAGAAACAAGCUCGCUAGCUGCUGGAGAUGGAGCCAGCAGAGAGGUCCAAGAAGAGGGUGCAUCCAUGGAUCAAUGCCAGCGUGCACUUCUUGCUCUGCUUCGCAGUUGGCGCCCUCCUCGCAGUCGCGCCGCUUGCCGCCACCGGAGCCUCGUCGGCCUCCAGCAUCCGCUCCGCGUUUCUCGGUCCGACGCGUCCUGGGCUAGCGGCUGUUGCAAGGACGAGGAAGACGGUUGUUGCAUUCCAGAGAAAAGAACGACGGCUGCUAGGAGAGAGGUAACGGAUGUAGACGACGUGAGUAUCCAUGAUUUUAAUCAAAGAGGUUACCAAGUAAUGGAGUGUUCUUGUUCGUUUUAGCGAGUGGCCUAUUCCCUGUUUUUCCAU